GUUUGGUUGCCAUAAGAAUCCAACAUGGUGUUGUCCACUUUGCACGUUUCUCAUCUAAAAAGGAACCUAUGCAUCAGGAGAAGAUGGUUUCAAAAUGACAAUUCUUUUUUGUAGGAUUUUAAAAUCAACAACUUCAAAUUACGGAGAGCUGAAAGAUUAAAGAAUUGAAACAAGAAAUUGGGGAAAAAAGAGUGGUGAUCCUACAAUGUACGAGUCAUACUGGAGGAAGUUGGGAGACAGGUGUUCAAUGGUGAUUUCUGGCAAUGAUUUGAUGAGCUACUUCAGCAACCCGGGAAAUCUGUGCUGGUUUUUGAUGCCGGAGCUUGAUCAUGCCAUUCGGAGAUUGCAUGGCGUGGUCCGGAAUGCAAUAGCUGACGAUGAUCGAUUCAUCGUGGUAGGGACUGGCUCGACCCAGCUUUUCCAUGCUUUGCUCUAUGCUCUCUCUUCUCCUAAUGAGCCUGAGCCCAUCAGUGUGGUAGCUGCUGCCCCUUUCUACUCUUCAUAUCCAGAGGAGACGGAGUUCCUGCGUUCAGGGCUGUACAAAUGGGCAGGUGAUGCAUACUCCUUUAAUAAAGAUGGGCCUUACAUAGAGGUGGUCACUUCACCCAACAACCCUGACGGUGCAAUUCGAGGAGCAGUGGUGAAUCGUAAAGGUGGCAAACUUAUUCACGACCUGGCCUACUAUUGGCCUCAAUACACCCCCAUCACUGGUAGGGCUAAUUAUGAUGUUAUGCUUUUUACCUUCUCCAAAGCCACAGGACAUGCUGGUUCUCGCAUUGGCUGGGUUAUUGUUAAAGAUAAAGAAAUUGCAACCAAGAUGGUGAAGUUCAUAGAGCUUAACAGCAUUGGGGUAUCCAAAGAAUCCCAACUCCGGGCUGCCAAGAUUCUAGGAGUUAUCAGCGACGACUGCCUGAAUUCUGGGCCUAACAAAGAAGAAAAUUUCUUUGAAUAUGGACAGCACCUCAUGUCUGAAAGAUGGGAAAAGCUGCGGGAAGUGGUUAAACGCAAUGGAGUUUUCAGUCUGCCUAAGUACUCGCCAGACUACUGCAACUUCAGUGGCGAAUACACUGAUCAUAAUCCUGCCUAUGCAUGGUUGAAGAGCAAGGAGGGCUUGAACAGUGACAAUCUCUUAAGAGAACAUAAGAUAGUGACGAGGGGCGGGACGAAGUUUGGUGUUGGAUCAAAGUAUACUAGGAUUAGCAUGCUGAGUUCUGAUGACGAGUUUAACCUUUUAUUGGAGAGGUUAUCAGCAAUCAAAGUGACCACCAAUGGCAAUUAUUAGUCGUCAGGGGGCGAAAAGCAAAAUCCUUAGAUCGUUGCAGGUGUAUAUGCCCGAUUAAACCACAUGGUACGUGGAAAUUGAACAGAUUUAUGUAGGAGAUAAAUAAAAGGACUUUUUGUUUAAACUUAAA